AUGACCGAUGACCAGACGCAAACUGAUGUGGAUCCGAAUCCCCAAAUCCUAACCGAAUCAGAAUCGGAAUUGAAACCGCCAUCGGCAAUCUGUACGAAUUCUAUGGGGGUACAAACUUGUGCUUUUGCAAGCCCUAUGGACGAACCUCUCAUUGGUGAAGGUCCCGUGAAUACUUUCGCCACCAUGGUCGAUGAUGGCCGAUCUCAAGUUUCAGAUAUUUCGGAUAUUUCCGGUUCAUCCAGAUAUUUGGAUGAUUUGGUUCAUCAGCUCGCAGAAGAGGUACAAAGUUACGAACUAGUUGUGGAUGAAGUAGUCCACACAGUAACUAAGCGUUUCUCUCCCCGGUCCAACCAGCAAGGUCACUUGAACGAGGAUGAAGAGGAAAUUGCACAAAAGUUGGCCAUGUUUCAAAGCAGUCUUAGACAACGGCGCGAUAGACUUUCAGAAAUACGCAAGAAGGGCUCCACAUCUGCGGUGGUGUGUUCCGGAACAUCUUCUCCAGUGGUGCCAUCUAUAGAGACAUCCAUGUUGGCCGAACCCGCCGCUUUGAAUGAAACCGAACCGGACGACUGGCAUGAUGAUGAAUUUUUGGAUUUUGGUAUGACUGACACAAAAGUGAACCAGCUCCGUUCAUCUAUAAGCUCUCAUGGAGAUGAGAAAAAGGUUAUUCAUCGGUCAGAGUCUAGCGAAACAAUUGUGUCCGAUUUGCGUAACACAAUUCAACAACUUGAAACGCGUCUAUCAGUGGACACCCAAACUCAUCAGAGUCAGUUAGAAGCUUUGGAACAAGAACUCAAACCGGCCAAACGUCUGCAGCACGCUCUGUUCCAAGCGGUACAACACUUGGCUUCCGUUCUCCCUGGUCCCCCACCUCUUCCACCUGGUAGUCCAUCCUUAUCAAAGGAAUCUUUCCAACCAUCUCGCGAUUGGCCUCCCAAAGACCCAGAGGCUCAAUUGGCCAUGAUAAUCGGAUUGGAACGUGCCGCCAGUGAACAAGUGAAACGUCUGCGUACCGCAUUAGACAAUACUAAAGAAGCUUUGGAUUCACUUUCUGAGGAGAAUGAAGAAUUACAGCAACAACUGGAGGAGUUUCGAGAAAAGGCCCGCAAUUCUACCCAGGAAGCCACUCCGAAGUUGGUAGAAACACCGGAGACAGCGGCUGUUUCAUGCCCUGCAGAGGACGAACUGAGCCGGUUCGCUCUCCGCUUGUGCUUAGCGCUAGAUCCCGAAUAUAAUGAAGACAUUUGGGAUCCUGAACAGUGGGACUAUCUAAUGUACGAGUUGCUGAAAACUCGAUUUGAGGACUCUGUUGUCGAUUCCACAGCCACUCCCGAAGUCGUUGCUGAUGAACGAGUUGUCAAACUUUCAGCUGAAGUGGCCGCUCUCAGAGAUAUUCUAGGACAGCAUGCGGCUUUUCGUUCACAGGCGGAACGCGAUUUACGUCAACUGCUCACCACGGUGACGUCACAACGCGCCCAACUGGAUGAACUAACGGCCCAAAAAGAACAGCUUGAGCAAGACCUAGUCGAAUCCCGUCAACAAGUGGAGCAGUCGAUCCACAGUCGUCAAGACGAAAGUGAUGAGCUCAGUCGUGCCGCGAUUCAACAACUUUCCGAGCUUGUGCGAACGAAAGAGGAAGAAGUGGAACGUCUUCAGCGACGUUGUGAAGACUUAAAACAGCUGAUCCAAUCGGCGCAUACUUGUGUGACCGCAGGCGAUUCAGACGGAACGGACAACGCACCAGCUGAUGAGGAUGUGACGUCCGUUCNAGAGCGCCUGACGCAACAGUGGUCCGAAGCCAAAUCACGAGCAGAAAAGGCAGAAACAAUGUACGAGUCGGUCUUGAGUGCACUGGAGCAGAAACACGCAGAAAGUCAAGCAUAUCACACCGAGUUGCAACGUGUUUAUGGAAAUUUAACUUCGUCUAAUGAGCAGUGCCAAAUUCUGCAACAAGAGUCCGAAAACCUAACCCUGAAGGCUCCUACACUGAAAUCUGACACGGAUGAAACGAAAGUCAUACUGGAGAAUGUUGCACCGUUGACAUCUACCGUCGCGAAUACGGCCGAUACAUCCAAUGCGGAUGCAGAUAGGACGAAACUAAUGGCAGAAGUAGAACGUCUGCGGGCUCAUCUGCUGGAGAUGGAGGAAUCCUACACCGCAGAGGCUUUGAAUGCUGAGGCACGUGAAGUGGAUUUGCGCUCCCAGCUGCACAAUGCGCACGACAAAUUGACACAAUUGGAGGAAUCCAGUCGCACCGCAGAGCAACGGGUCCAUCAGGCACAAACCGAAAGGGAUGAGGCGCGUCACAGGAGUGAUGCAUGCCAGAAAGAAAUUAUUGCACUCAAAACUAAUCUGACCAACUUGCAAUCUGUGCUCGACAGUUUUCAGCAGAAUCAACAAUCUGCAGUGUCCGCGGAGACCGAGCACAUUCGACUUGAGUUGCAACGGGCACGUCAAAAUGAGUCUAAAUUACAAUCCGAGCUGGAUCGCAUUUCACAUCAACUGGCUGACCGAAAUCAGCUAGAGGAACGCACUCGUCAACUAACCACGCAAAUUCAACGUCACAACAGUCAAAUCGAUCGGAUUCGUACCCAAAGUAAGUGA